AUGCUCGUCUCAGUCAGUGCCUUGUCAUUCGCAUGGCUGGCGGCAGCUGUUCAAGGCGCCGUUUGUGCAGCACCAGCCAAGGCCUCAAUUGUGCGCCCCAACAUCAAGGCUUGGCCACUCAAUCCCGGCAAUCUUCACUUGAACUCCCCCGCUCGUUCAGCCGACAAAGUUUGCUAUGUCAAGCCCAGUUGCGUUGGCAAGGACGACGCCGCCGCCAUCCUCAAGGCUUUCCAGCAGUGCAACAAUGGAGGAACGGUCGUUUUGGACCGCAACUACACCAUCGCAUCACCACUAGACUUGACGUUCCUGAAUGCCAUUGAUGUUGCUAUCACAGGCACCAUCAAUUUCAGUGACAACAUGACGAGCUGGGCGGAUCACAUGUCCAAAUACGCCUACCAGGAUCCCUUGCAUGUGGCGCUUCGGCGCUCCAACAUCGUUGUGAGCGACCUCGAUCUGAGGGUCAAGAGCGUUAGCAAGAACAUCGCUAAGAACACUGAUGGCUGGGAUACCUACCGUUCAGAUUCCAUCGUGAUUCAGAACUCGGUCAUUAACAACGGUGAUGAUUGCGUUUCAUUCAAGCCCAACAGCACCAACAUUGUGGUUCAAGGCCUCCAGUGCAACGGCUCUCACGGAAUUUCCGUUGGUUCUCUGGGCCAGUACAUUGACGAAUUUGACAUCGUGGAGAACGUCUAUGUUUACAACAUUUCGAUGGCCAACGCCUCAGAUGGAGCCCGUAUCAAGGUCUGGCCGGGGAUGUACACGCCUUUCCAGCCCACUUUGUCAGGUGGUGGCGGCUCAGGCUACGUCAAGAAUAUUACCUAUGACGGCCUCUUCAACACCAAUAACGACUGGGCAAUUGAACUCACCCAAUGCUAUGGCCAGAAGAACCUGACCCUCUGCAAUCAAUAUCCCUCGAACAUGAUCAUCCAAGACGUUGUCUUCAAGAACAUGUGGGGCACGACAUCCAAGUCCCAUGACCCUAAUGUCGGCACGCUUGUCUGCAGCGCACCAGGGCUCUGCAAAAACAUCCGAGCCCAAAAUAUUACCGUCACACCCCCGAGCGGUAAACCGGCCAAAUUCAUUUGCACCAACCUAGACAACUCACUGCUUGACAUCACCUGCAGCUAA